GUUUUCCAUUUCAAGCUGAUGUAAGAACUAUAACAUUUAAAGUGAGAGUUUUUACGUGAACUCAACUUCCUGUGACACAUUUUACUGUGUAUGUCUUUAAAACAGGAGCGAAUGAGAGAAUUGUUGAACCUCAGUUGGAUUAACAAUGCCGGUACACAUCCUUAAGUUGCUCCGCAAAGGAAUACCUGUCAUGCUGGAUGCAGUAAGACAGGCAAACCGACAAAAGACAGCACAUUUGACAUUUGUGGGCUCAUACCUGAUGGACUCUUAUCCAAGCGAUCGAUAUCUGAGUUUUUCCAAGAUCACGUGGACACAGGAAUCAAUCGUCAACUCCGAUUCUCGAAUCAGACUUGUGUCAAACCAGGCAGGAGCAUCGUCCAUGUGGGCGUCAUGCUGUGGGCUGCUGAACGAGGUGAUGGGCACGGGCACGGUGCGGACACAGCAGCCUGGGUUUGGAGCAGGGGCUCGGCCCUUCCGCUUCGCCCCCAGCGCCGGCUACUCAACCUACCCGCCCACCGGCUCAGGGAGCGCUGGACAGCUGUGCAAGGCCUGCGGACUGGCCUUCUCCGUCUUUAGACGCAAGCACAUCUGCUGUGACUGUAAGAAGAGUUUUUGCACCCUGUGCUCGGUGCUGCAGGAGGACCUGCACUGCUGCACAACCUGCCAUCUACUGCGGGGCACAGCUUUCCAGCGGCCUCGGCUCAUGCAGCUGCGAGUGAAAGACCUGCGCCAGUACCUGCUGCUGCGCAACAUCCCCACCGACACGUGCAGGGAGAAAGAGGACCUGGUGGACCUGGUGCUCUGUCAUCAGGGGGCAAGGGCGCCUCAGAGAGCAGUGCUGGUAGAGGACGAGGAGGAAGAGGAGGAGGAGGACGAAGAAGAAGAAGAAGAAGAAGAGGAGGAGGAGGAAGACACUCAUGAGGAGGAGGAGGAAGACGGGGAAGAUGACACAGACAGUCUGCACUCACUCCCCCCAUCACAUGCCGCCUCGCCCCGCUCAGCCACCUCUGAACAGUCAGUCCUCUCCGCCUCUCAGGGAGACGUUCUCAGCCCAGGAAGUGACAGCUCAGGAACCACCAGCCAGGAGCAUGAGGACACUCCAGCAGCGUCCCUCUUGAACCUGGAGCCCACUGAAAAUAUCAUUGAGGUCAGUCCUGGGACACAGAGGAGAAUCAGAGCUUCGUUGUCUGAUCUGGACAAUGAAGAGGCGAUAGAAAACCUCUCCGUGCGCCAGCUGAAAGAGAUUCUCGCCAGGAACUUUGUCAAUUACUCGGGCUGCUGUGAGAAGUGGGAGCUGCUAGAGCGAGUGCAUCGACUCUACAGAGAAAACGAGCAGAACAGGAAAUCCAAAAAUGUGAGCAUCACUGCAGUGGUGGCAUAUCCCCCACCUCUCUGCAACAGUGGAGAUGGAGAUGGUGUCAAAGCUCAUCUGGCUAUGGACGAAAACCUGUGUCGCAUCUGCAUGGACGCCAUCAUCGACUGUGUGCUGCUGGAAUGCGGUCACAUGGUGACCUGCACCAAGUGCGGGAAGAGAAUGAGCGAGUGCCCCAUCUGCAGGCAGUACGUCGUGCGUGCCGUGCAUGUCUUCAAGUCCUAAAAACUAUGAGUAUGUGCGUGUCUCGAGCGGCCCUCAGGCGUGCACGUGGCCCCAGCUCUGAAAUGAUCACCAUGGAUGAACUGCUGUGCAUGACGUCUCAUAUGGCCUAAUGUUGCAGCAGGCGCAAACAACUUCUUUGCCAUCUUUGAAGCCAGACUGUUGCCUCUGGGCUGACACAGUCUGUUUCCUCCUCCUCCUCCUCCUCCUCCUCUCUCCUUACUAACUCAUCCAGUCCCACUUCUUCUCCCUGGUGGACGUCAUCAGCAGCAGCAGCGGGACACUCACUCUCGUUCUCUCACUCCCUCGAGUCUGAUAAACACACAGCAGAAUCGUCUCUGCCGUCACUUUCUACUCUGUUUUUAGAUUCUACUCACAGGGGAGCAGGGGAGGUGGUCCUGUGUUUACUCGGAAGUGGGUCGAGUCGUUGUGUGUGGCACAGAGAAGCAAUGCAAUGGAGAAAGUUGUAAGAUCCCAGGCUCACAGUCGAUACAGUUUACACAGUCGUGCCACAUGACGCCGUGUUAUCGCCCUUAGUGUUCGUUAGGAUGUGCAAUAUUAGAAAACACUCUUUUUUCUUUUUUUAAAGGAAUCUCUUCUUGUUAAUUUGAACACCACAUGCACUGAGUCACCUGACCUCACGUACAGGAGGGUGUCAAGGUGCCAAACAUCAUGUCUCUGAUUGAUGUUUGGCUUAGGGUUACACAGUAGCUACUGUAUAUGCAUCUCAUAACCAGCAAGCAUUUGUUUUCUGUUUUCUCUACAAUGAACUUAAAGGAGAGAAAAGUGGGUUCCUCCUGUGUGAAUGUGUUUCACCAAACUCCUCUAAAAUUGAAGGAUAGGGAUAUGAUUUAUGCUGAUGACAAGAACGGUAAAAUCACUGCUCGUCAUUCCUGUAACAUCUUUUUCAUUCUUUGGAAUAGCAGUGUGACACAAAAAAAAACCCAAAUCUUCCUCUCUAGCCUUGAUGUUUUAGCUGACACCAUGAAGAGGAUAACUAAAUAAACAAUUGAAGGUCCAGUGUGUAAGAUUGAGUUUAUAUAACAAACAGAGGACUCGUCUGCUCGCACCUCCCUUUUCCCACGCUCGUCAGGGAACUACGGUGGCCUUCGUACACCAGAAAGGAUGCCGUUCUUCUUUA